AUGUCCACUACACCGACAAGCAUCUCGACAGCGAGCCUCAGCGAGGUGUCGAACAUAUCGGGCAUUGAGCUUCCACUCCGGCCGGAAAUCCUUUGGAACCCUGAACACUAUAUAGAAGGCAGUAAUACAGCCUUUGCUGCAGUUUCGGCCGAUAACUCCCCUGGCUUUUUCGCGGCUUUGGACCAACAGAAGAGCGACGGCAGCCUCCGAGCUUCUCCAAUGCGAGCUCAACAGCUUAAUCCGAUACCGGCUGUAUUCGUUAACACUUUCUUGAAUCGGGCGUUUUACGGCAAUUUUGGAAGCAUCGGACCUGUGUUCGUGAAGGCUUACAUCAAAAUGAUGCCAGAACGCCAACUCGUGUUAUCCGGUCGGCUGCCGCUCAAAGUCUUGGUUAACGAGUUCAAGCGCGGCAAUCAUGAACGCGUGAAGUCAAUGUGCCGGGCUUGGACUGGCCUAGGAGAGUGGUUCCUUGAAACAUCAGUGGACAAAAAGUUCUUGCAGGCUGCGAUUGACCUAGUCAUCGGCGAUUUCAUUGACCUCCUUGAUCGAGGUGAGAUCCAGGAGGCGAAUUAUUACUUCCUUGCCUUAGCCGAGGGACUCUUGCGCGUGAUGGAGAUGGAUAACAAGCUGGCAGCCAGAAUAGCAGUGGACGCAUUAGUUCAAGGAUGUGAAAACGCAGUAACCCAUCCUCUUGUUGCGCAAUUCGCUGCGAUGGUGGAGUAUGUUCUUCAGAAGAUCAACCUCUCAACAACUGCCCUCUCAGGUGUCCAAAGGCGGCUUUCCUUAAGCACACACCCACAAGCCUGGCUCACCAUGGUUCUCGUUUGGGAGGGGGAUUCAUGGCUACUCGAGGUGUCGAUAGCAACAGCAGCAGUACUUCUACAGUGGCCAGCUCAGCAAACCGACUCAGCGAGGUGCUCACGCUGA